AUGAUAGGUGUACAAUUGAGGAGAGUUGUCUUAUCAAGCUUGAUCUUGGUUAUUGUCGUCACACCAACGAUUUGUGAAUUAUUGGAUGAUGUAGCAAGACUCGAAGCCAUGGGCUUCUCCGACACUAGACGAUUGCGCACGAGUCUCGAAGACGGUGACGAUGGGCGAGCGGCUGAAAGGCAUAACUGCGAACAGGUAGAAUGUAGCGAUACAGGCCAUUGCGACGACGCUGGAUGUCGCUUUGAUUGUGAUACUGGAGCCGGUAGAUGUCACGAGGGGGGCACUCAAACUUGA